UCUUUUUAAAAAGGAUCUCGAGCAAGACUGAGCUAUAUAUUAAGUUGAUGCUUAGAUCUGAGCUAUUUCAAAUUCUCAAGGCGUUUCCAAGGCUCAGUCAUUGCCUUGGCAAGCACUCCUUCAAGAAUUUAGAAAUCAAUAUUAAUAUUUUAUUAGUCACGAGAAAGAUUCACGCAGUCUAGCUUGAUGGAAUCUUGGGUAAAGUUUCCAAGGAUGACUUAUUGAUGCUGAAUAGCUCUUACUUUUUGUUUCAGAUUGAAGUUCAAGCUUCAAAGCUUUUUUAUGUGAAGUUUUGUAGCAUUUUGAGUUCUCAAAUUUUUAAAAGAUUUUUAUCCUAAAUUUUUUAUGAGCUCUAAAGGAAGGAUAUCUGCAUAUGGCCAUAUCCAAAGUUCAUGGCUAUGACUAGUGGACUUAUACCAUAGAAGGAUUAACAUUUACUAUUCUUUGAAGUAGAACCCAGAGACAGGAGCUCUUUAGAGGCAAGAAAGAAAGCUGUCAAAUUAAGCAUCUAAAUAAUUUUUACUUAUAAUCUUAAAUUAAAAACUGUCUAUGGUCUUCUUCUCACAGUAUGAGCAAUCAGGAUAUGAAUCAGAAUAAACAGGAACUGUAUCCAUAUUAUUCAAUUAAUGAGCGGUACUUUCAGAGUCAUUGUGAGUUCAGGCAAGAAUCCUAAAGAAAAAUUUGAUCAAUAGGUCAUGCUUAUUUACUAUUAUUGCUCUUAUUAUAACUAUUUAGUCCACUCUCAGCCACCCUCACAAUCAAUACUUCUACUUCAACACUACCACUGUUUCCUGCCUUUCCCUAACUCCUUACAUGGACACUCUAACCAAGACCCUCCCUCUCAUCCCCACCAGAGUUGACCUUCUCCUCUGGGCGAUCACGAGCUCCCAGUUCCAAGACCUCCUCGUGGCUGCGCAGAACAUAGACCAUGUCAGGUUUUGUGGGUGCAAGAUAUCUGUAGGAGAAGAAGUAGAUUUUGAGCACAGACUUGACCAAACUGCUUUUAUCAAGAUUGAUUCUGAGGGUACUGGGGAUAGAGUUUAUAGCAAUUGGACUCAAAAUGGGUUUGAAACGUUCCAAAGUAUUGUGAAGGGGUUGGCAAAAGUGGAGAGUGUUAAGAAUAGACAAGUUAAUAUCAAUUUGAAGGAUUGUGAAAUGUCAAGAGACCAAGUUCAGUCAAUAUUACAGGAGAAUGGAAUGAUUAAUAUUAUAAUUGAAGGACUUUAAUUGAAAAAGAGAUGAAUAAUGGAGGUUCAAUAGCUUUAUUAUA